AUGUCUACACCAGCCAAAAGAAGACUCAUGCGUGAUUUCAAGCGCAUGCAACAGGAUGCUCCCUCCGGUGUCAGUGCUUAUCCGUUACCGGACAAUGUCAUGACAUGGAAUGCUGUUAUCAUUGGUCCUUCAGAUACACCCUUUGAGGAUGGAACAUUCCGUCUUGUGCUCCAGUUUGACGAGCAAUAUCCCAACAAGCCUCCUACCGUCAAGUUUAUAAGUGAGAUGUUCCAUCCCAACGUAUAUGGAUCAGGAGAGUUGUGUUUGGAUAUUCUUCAAAACAGGUGGUCUCCAACUUACGAUGUAUCAUCAAUCUUGACGUCUAUCCAGUCGUUGCUUAACGACCCCAAUAUCAGCUCACCGGCUAACGUUGAAGCUGCCAAUUUGUAUAGGGACCAUAGGUCGCAGUACGUGAAGCGAGUGAGAGAAACUGUAGAGAAUAGCUGGAAUGAAGAUGACUUUGAUGACGAUGACGAUGACGAUGACGAUGAAGACGACGAGAUCGAGUAG